GCCCCGUUACUCCCAGUGUGCACUGCGGCGUAAAAAUUUAUAAGUGGUAGGUAGGCGUCGUAAUGGCGGCGCCCGGCGCGAGCGCAGCUCGCCUGCUCCUCCUCUUGCUGAUAGUGGCAGCAGCGCCCAGUCGGGCCAGGGGCAGCGGCUGUCGGGCUGGGACCGCUGCACGUGGGGUCGGUGCUGAAGGCCGUGAGGGGGAGAGUUGUGGCACGGUGGGGCUGCUGCUGGAGCACUCCUUUGAGAUCGAUGACACUGCCCACUUCCGGAAGCGGGGCUCGCUGCUGUGGAACCAGCAGGAUGGUACCUUGUCUCUCUCGCAGCGGCAGCUCAGUGAGGAGGAGCGGGGCCGACUUCGGGAUGUGGCAGCCCUGAACGGCCUGUACCGCGUGCGGGUCCCCAGACGGCCCGGGGCCCUGGACAGCUCAGAGGCCGGUGGUUAUGUCUUGUCCUUCGUCCCUGCGUGCUCCCUGGUGGAGUCGCACCUCUCCGACCAGCUGACCCUGCACGUGGAUGUGGCCGGCCAUGUGGUGGGGGUGUCCGUGGUGACGCACCCCGGGGGCUGCCGGGGCCACGAGGUGGAAGACGUGGACCUGGAGCUGUUCAACACCUCGGUGCAGCUGCGGCCGCCGGGCACCGCCCCGGGUCCCGAGACCGCGGCCUUCAUCGAGCGACUGGAGAUGGAGCAGGCCCAGAAGGCCAAGAACCCCCAGGAGCAGAAGUCCUUUUUUGCCAAAUAUUGGCACCUCAUCCUGGGGGGGGCCGUGUUGCUCACAGCCCUGCGUCCUGCUGCCCCGGGGCCCGCGCCGCUGCCGCAGGAGGCCUGAGUGAGGACCGAGACCCCUUCCCGCCUCCCGCCUGUAGUGACGUAGGGAACUCGGCCCCCCGCGCGGCCCCCUCGUGCCGGGCCCCUUG